CGGCGGCAAGCGGCGUUCACACGUUUCCCGUCAUCCACUUCGGUACCCGGCUCGCAGUCGAGCGUCGUUCGUUGUACGGUGCGGUUGUGACGUUCGCGAUUCGUCUCGACGCUUUAUACGUUCGAUAUAUGUACAUAUUUGUAUAUGUGUGACACUGUGCACGCGUUUUCUUUUUUUCUUUGGACUACACAUAUAUACAUAAAGUGUUUGUGAUAGUGCAUAGAGAUCAUCGGUGUGUGUCGGUUAUAUUUUUUCGCAUAGUGCCAAGGUGGAUUAAGGACGUAUCUCCUGAGAAAACGAAACGCAAGAAGCAGGAAAGGAGUCACGAGUAGAGUUGGCGAAGAUCUUGAUGCUGAACAUCGAGGGAAGACCGUUGGCGUUCCUCCAAGAUCCUGAGAAUGUUACUGCAAAGAUCGAGCCAGGGAAUGGAUCAUGAAAUGACCGUGUACAAAGGACAUUGCGGACGCGUGUGAUUCUUGCGGAGUAUUUAGUCACAAUUAAGAUGUACCCCGCGCCGGCGAGACACCCAGCCGCUCCCGGUGGCGGAGGAAGCGGUGGGGCUGCGGGAGGUCUGAAAUUCACGGUGGCUGACACUUGCGAGAGGAUCAAAGAGGAAUUCAAUUUCAUCCAGCAACAGAACCACUCACUGAAGAUCGAAUGCGAGAAACUGGCCAGCGAGAAGACCGAGAUGCAGAGGCAUUACGUUAUGGUAAGGCACUUUUACUACGAAAUGUCUUACGGCCUAAACGUGGAGAUGCACAAGCAGACCGAGAUCGCUAAGAGGUUGAACGCGAUAAUCGUCCAGCUACUCCCAUUCCUGGCACAAGAGCAUGGCUUGCAGCAUCAGCAGCAGGUGGCCAAUGCCGUAGAGAGGGCGAAGCAAGUCACGAUGUCCGAGCUGAACGCUAUUAUUGGGCAACAGCAACAACAGGGUUUGCAACAGCUAUUGCAACAGAUUCACGCGCAGCAGCUGCCACAUGGUGCGGUCGUCGGCGGUCUUCCACCGGCGGGGCUAUUGGGCUUCGCAGGUGCGGCCGCGGCAGCCGCAGCCGCGGGGGUGCCACCUCAUCUAGCUCCACCACCGCAUCCCGCGGCCGCGGCUGCGGUUCAAGCACAAGCGCAGGCGCUGCUGAAACCUUCAGACCUGCAACAACACCGAGCAGCCGCGGAGACGCCCGAGGACCGUAAACCGAUCGCUCUCACCGACGAGAGACUCAGACGAUCCGUGUCGCCGCCGGAGAAAUUCCGCAGCCGCACGCCUGACCUCGAGAACGAUUCCAAGAGGCGGAAGGAGGAGAAGCUCGGACACGACAGCGACGCAGAAAAGAGCGAUCAGGACUUGGUGGUGGAUGUCGCGAACGAGGAGGCAUCAUCGCCACACGCCAAUGGUGACCAUUCGGAUCCACGUGAGAACGGCACUCUAGAGAAACUGGGCGCCCCAGGACACGUAGGACCUAUUUCCGGUGCUGGCUCCACAUCCGUAAAAGACAGGCCACCAUCGCGGAGUGGAAGUUCAUCCGCUCGUAGCACACCGUCUCUGAAAAGUAAAGAUAUCGACAAGCCGGGUACACCUGUGGCGGCGGCGAGGGGGUCGCGCAGCUGUACGCCAACUAUGGGAGGAAUCCCUGGUCCCUUGGCAUCGCGGGUCUAUCAUCCGCCAUCGUCACAGCAAACGCCACCGCAGGGCUAUCAGGGUUUGCCGUCCCGCGGCAAUGAGCCGCCACAAUCGCCUUCGCCGUACAGCAACUUACCAUACGCCAGGACCUCGAUGCUCGGCUUCGACAGUCACGUGAGGAUACCAUCGAGUAACGGGAUAAGCAACAUUCCGGGUGGCAAACCAGCGUACUCGUUCCAUAUGAACGGCGAGGGUCAGCUGCAGCCAGUACCAUUCCCCACAGACGCUCUGAUAGGGCCGGGAAUUCCACGUCACGCGCGUCAGAUUAAUACCUUGACUCAUGGCGAGGUUGUGUGCGCCGUCACCAUCUCGAAUCCGACCAAGUACGUCUACACGGGCGGUAAAGGGUGCGUUAAAGUCUGGGACAUCGGACAUGGAGGCGGUAGCAGUAUCAAGCACGUAUCGCAGUUGGACUGCCUACAACGCGACAAUUAUAUUAGAUCGGUAAAGCUACUGCCGGACUGCAGAACCCUAAUAGUUGGAGGGGAGGCGAGUCAGCUGAUCAUCUGGGACUUGGCUAGUCCUACACCUCGAAUCAAAACGGAACUGACGUCAGCGGCACCGGCCUGUUACGCGUUGGCGAUCUCGCCAGACUCGAAGGUCUGCUUCAGCUGCUGCAGCGAUGGCAACAUCGCCGUGUGGGAUCUACAGAACGAGACGUUGAUUCGACAGUUCCAAGGCCACACGGACGGUGCCUCCUGCAUCGAUAUCUCGGCGGACGGUUCGAAGCUGUGGACAGGAGGGUUGGAUAACACGGUGCGUUCGUGGGACCUAAGGGAGGGUAGACAAUUGAAGCAACACGACUUUACCUCGCAAAUAUUCUCAUUGGGCUAUUGCCCAACCGGAGAAUGGCUCGCUGUGGGUAUGGAAAAUUCGAACGUAGAGGUGCUUCACGCUACCAAGUCCGAUAAGUAUCAACUGCACCUACACGAGUCGUGCGUGUUAUCGUUACGCUUCGCCUCUUGCGGCAAAUGGUUUGUCUCCACCGGCAAGGAUAAUUUGUUGAACGCAUGGCGCACACCGUACGGAGCUUCGAUAUUCCAGUCGAAGGAGUCUUCGUCGGUGUUGAGCUGCGACAUCUCUGCCGACGACAAAUAUAUCGUUACUGGAUCCGGUGACAAAAAGGCUACUGUAUACGAAGUGAUUUACUAGACGUGCACGGUAAAGACGUUUCACGCUUUCCUCCCUUGGUCGAAACCUGAACUCUAUAACACGCUCUCCCUUUUCGCGGGGGAGAUCCUACAAGUGAGACUUUUUAGCAGCCUUAGGAACAUAGACUGUUACUAUAUUGUGUAUAUAUACAUAACAAGUCUGUAUUAACGAUAGAAACCGCGUUCGAAAGAAACAAAGCAUAGACGAAAAAACAGAAGAAAGAGAGAGAGAAAGAAAUAGUGAUAAAAAGAAUAAACAAAAAAAAAACGAAGGAAAGGAACUAAUGCUAAUUAUGACGACGGUCAAGAAACCAAUGUGUGUGCCAGAGAAAAAAGCUGUACAUGUAUAUUUAGGAGUUGCGUGUGCGUGACCUAACUGUACGUACGACCGUGUGAUUUAAACGUAGAGAGAACUUUCUUUGUCGCGUGUAUACAACGAGAACGUGUUAAUGGGACGUUACCAAGCGAUUUUGCAUGCGCGUUAAGUGACCAGGAGAGCCUUGCAAAUGGUGAUGCUAGAUACGGUUUCGUAUUAAGUACCUAAUUAUAGAAUCAACAUGCCCAAGAUGACAUCAUACGACAGAUAAAACACGUGAAAAACGAACAGUCGGAGCCUGUCUAACAAAAAAUUAUACUUGUUCUCGCUUAUUGUAAUUUUCUUCAAAACUUUUACAACUUUUGCAAUCGCUGUCUCUUUAACGUGUCUAUGACCACGAUAACGAGUCGACGAAUACUAUUGCUGUAUACAUAGAUAUACACGUGGAAUCGUUUCGAGAAAAUCGCUGGUCGUAGUUACAUACCUUGGAUAAUGCGUUUCGCUAUAAACUACAAACUAUAGUCGAUUAAUACUUUAUGCUGUCGUGAACAAGAAAAAAAGAAGGCAGGUGAAAGAUAAAUAUACAUCGAAUUUAUUUAUUUCGUAUAAAAUUGUUCGUUUCGUUGGAACACUAUAGUCACGAGAGGAUUCGGUCGUUCAAAUAUUCGUGCAUCAUCCAAACUAUCAAAGCAACGACUGGUAAUAUCACGAGAGAUUCGUUCUAAAGUCAUUGACGGAGGAUGAUCGCGCUGUUCUCCUUAAAAAAAAAGAAAGGAAAGUAAACACGAGACUUGUACCAUGGGAGCAGUGUUGUGUAUUCUCUACAUCCCGCUCAACCAUGAUCAUUAAUUAAUUUUAAAUAUAUCGAUAAAAAAACAA